AGGGAGGCCAUAGAGAGUCCGGGGGGAGGGUUUUGGAGCGGCCGCUUCCUGCCUUGCACGCGAAGAGCUUCCGGGCCCGCAGACAGCGACGUUCGAAUGGGAGCCCGAAGUGCCGGUUGGUCCCUGGCGGGGCCUUCCCUCCUGGGCUUCGCUGCUGCUGGCGGGGCGGGUUUCGGGGCGCCGCCGGAGCUGCCUCUCCCGCCAUGCGCUUCCGAGCCAAGAUCGUCGACGUGGGCUGCCUCAACCACUUUACUCGGACGAUCAACACCAUCACCAAGCUGACCAAGGCCUGCGCCCUCCGCCUCACGGUGGACAAGCUUUACUUCAUCCUGAACGACAGAGUGGCCAAUGGAGGCGUGGGCAUGUGGUGUGAGCUCUGCCAGGGCAAUUUCUUUGAUGAGUUCCAGAUGGAGGGGGUGGCUGCCGAACACAAUGAGAUUUAUUUGGAGCUGACGCCUGAAAACCUCGCCAGAGCCUUAAAAGCUGCCCAGAACGCCAAGGCGGUGAAAAUCAAGUUGACCAAUAAGCACUGCCCUUGCCUCACGGUCGCUGUGGAGCUGCCAUCCUUGUCCAGCAGUAGCCGCAUCGUGACUCACGACAUUCCAGCGAGAGUCAUCCCAAGGAAACUCUGGAGUGACUUCAGCGAGCCGAUCAUCCCGGAUUUUGAUGUCAGCAUUUAUCUACCGGCCUUGAAGACCAUGAAGAGCAUCGUGGAGAGGAUGAAGAACAUCAGCAACUCUAUAGUAAUAGAAGCAAAUCGAAAUGGGGACAUGAACUUGAAAAUUGAAACCGAACUCGUGUCUGUCACAACUCAUUUCAAGGAACUCGGGAAUCCUCCCUGGGUUUCUGGAACCGGCUCUCAAAAUUCGACCCAGGAUCCGGAGAGCAUGGCGAAGGCAUGCAUCGACAUCAAGAAGUUUCUUCAGUUCCUUGCUGGGCAGCAUGUGAAUCCGACAAAGGCCCUGUGCAAUAUUGUAAGCGAGAGAAUGGUUCACUUCAUCCUGCUCCAUGAGGACGUUUCCCUUCAGUAUUUCAUUCCGGCCCUUGCGUGAAUUGAGCUGCCAUCCCACACACUGCCGUUAUCCGUGCCAGCCUCCCCUCUCAAGGUGUCGAAAUAAAGAACAGAAGGGUUUAGAUGGUAGUCACCUUAUGUUUUUAACUGUUUUUCUGUGUUUAGAAGAAUAUUUUUAGAGUCUUGCUUCACUUGUAAAUACAUCUCGAUAUCUGUUGGUAUUUAUAUCUUUUAUUAAACCAUUUUUUGGCAGUU